AUGCGCGAAACCACCCAAAGCCGAGGGCAGUUGCCAAGCUUGUCCCCAAAUUUAAUUGGAAAAGUCGCCAUUGUAACGGGUUCCUCCAAAGGCAUUGGUGCGGGUAUUGCUAUUGAAUUAGGCCGCAGAGGUGCGACUGUUAUCAUCACUUAUACCAGUGAGAAAUCCCACGGCGGAGCAAUCACGGUUUCCCGAGCAAUCGAAGAAACAGAGUCAGGAGGGAAAGGGAUCAUAGUGCAAGCCAAUAUAACAUCUGCGGUAGACCGGGAGGCGCUCAUCGACGCGGCUGUGCAGGCAAGUCCGAACAAAGCAAUUGACAUACUAAUCCACAAUGCCGGAAAUGGAGACGAUGCGUAUCUCAAAGACAUUAGCGAGGAGUUUUUCGAACAGCUAGUUGGCGUGAAUCUGAAAGCUCCGAUAUUCCUUACUCAGGCUGCAGUACCACACAUGCCUCGGGGUGGAAGAGUGGUCCUGAUCACAUCCGCGGCAGCCCGAAUGGGUGUUGCGCAAACCACAGUAUACGCGGCCGGCAAGGCAGGCAUGGAAUCGCUUGCGCGGGUCUGGGCCACUGAGUUAGGUCAAUCUCAUGGAAUAACUGUCAACUGUGUAAGCCCAGGGCCGAUUGCCACCGAGCAAUUUCAUAACAGUGCCCCGGAAUUUAAGGGAGCAUUGCAACCAAUGAUCGAAAGUACACCGGCUGAGGCACGAAUGGGGGAGGUCGAAGACAUUGCACCUCUUGUGAGCUUCCUCUGCUCCGAGGAGUCACGGUGGUUGACUGGUAGUGUUCUAAGUGGGACCGGUGGUUUGUUAUUGUUUUAG